UCCAAUAGCGAUCGUGCGCGACUAAGUUUCUUGUAGAUGUGUUAUUGACACGUCGCUUUCCUCAGAAAUAUUUAAUUUACUAGCGAGCCUUCUUCCUCGAAGGAUAUGAUACGCAAUAACAAAAUGUCUCACAGAGAACAUGAUAAAAGUAGGCUAAGCUUCUAGGCCUAUCGUUAUAGACCUAUUUGAAACGAUGUUUGCGUAAUUUGCCUGACAACGCGAAAGGCGGUCUUCCAGAGCUUCGGUAAAUUGGCUUGUCUUCUUCUGAUUAGUAGGCCUAGUGCAGAAAACCUUUACAACGCAAAAUUACAACGAGGAAAUACAGAAUUUAACGUUUAGCUGGCGCCUGAAAGUCGAACAAAAAGACCAUAAACCAUGAGCUAUCCAGGAUACCCUCCUCAAGCCGGUGGCUACCCACCCCAAGCCGGAGGCUACCCACCCCAAGCCGGAGGCUACCCACCCCAAGCCGGAGGCUACCCACCCCAAGCUGGAGGCUACCCACCCCAGGCUGGAGGAUACCCACCUCAGGCAGGCGGCUAUCCCCCUCAAGCAGGGGGUUACCCCUCUCAGGCUGGAGGUUACCCCCCUCAGGCUGGUGGCUAUCCUCCACAGCCUGGAGCUGGAGGGUACCCAGCCAUGCCCCCAGCAGGUAGUUGGGGAGGUGGUGCUGGUUUCCCCACCAUAGGUGUUGAUAAUCUGUCCAACCCUGGAUUCAACGCAGGCAAUCUUCCAGGCAUGGCCAACCAGAUCUCAUCAUCCAUGGGGGGCUUUAACCCCAACCCUGCCAUGUUCACCCCUGGUGGGUACCCCCAACAUUCCCCCCAGCCCCCUAACCAACAGCCCCAUGGCCUGUACCCACAGCCAGGUGGGCAGAUGCCCCAGACUCAAGGCCCAGGCAUGGGCUACCCAGGCCAGCCCAUGCCUGGCUACCCACAGGCACCCUCACCCAACCCCUCCAUGCCUGGUUACGGAGGAGGACCAGCGCCUAACCAGCCCAUGCCAGGGUACCCUCGUGCCCCGUCGCCCAACCCGUCCAUGCCAGGAUACGGAGGUGGAGCCAUGCCCGUCGCUCCUGCCAUCAACAGAGGAUUCAGGGGAAGCAUCAAGGAUUAUCCAGGAGCAGACCCCCUGAGAGAUGUGGAGGUUCUGAGGAAAGCCAUGAAGGGCUUUGGUACUGAUGAACAGGCCAUCAUAGACCUGCUAGGAAGUCGCUCCAACAGACAGCGUGUCCCCAUGCUCAUGGCCUUCAAAACCUCCUACGGAAAGGAUCUGGUUAAGGAUCUUAAGUCCGAGCUGUCAGGGAACUUUGAGAAGCUGGUGCUGGCCAUGUUGAAGACUCCAUCCCAGCUUGAUGCAUAUGAACUGAAGGAAGCCAUUAAGGGCGCAGGGACAGACGAGGCCUGUCUGAUAGAGAUCCUGUCCUCUCGCUCCAAUGCAGAGAUCAAAGAGCUCAACCAGGUCUACAAGACAGAGUAUAAGAAGUCUCUGGAAGAUGCCAUCAGUGGGGACACCUCAGGACAUUUCCGUAGACUCCUCAUCUCUCUGGCCCAGGGUAAUCGAGAUGAAAGAGAGACAGUGGACAUCUCUGUAGCUAAACAAGAUGCUCAGGCUCUGUAUGCUGCUGGGGAGAACAAGGUGGGAACUGAUGAGUCCAAGUUCAACGCCAUCCUGUGUUCUAGGAGCAAACCCCACCUCAGAGCAGUGUUCCAUGAGUAUCAGCAGAUGUGUGGCAGAGACCUAGAGAAGAGCAUUGACAGAGAAAUGUCUGGAGACCUGGAGAGUGGAAUGGUGGCCGUGGUCAAGUGUAUUAAGAACACACCUGCCUACUUUGCAGAGAGACUCUACAAGUCCAUGAAGGGGGCCGGGACCAAAGACAAAACCCUGAUUCGGAUCAUGGUGACGCGUUCUGAGGUGGACAUGCUGGAUAUCCGUCAGGAAUACGUCAAGAACUACGGCAAGUCGCUCUACACAGACAUCUCUGGAGACACCUCAGGGGACUAUAAGAAACUGCUGUUAAAGCUGUGUGGAGGGAGCGACUAGAGGGACCAUGUCAGCUCUCUACGGGAUCUCCUCCACACUAUAUCCAUUUACUGAAUGGCCUAUAAUAUAAUCAUUAUCAUAAUAUAUGCCAUUCUGCCAAUCUGUCUGACUGUCUUCCUCUGCACCACAAUCAGCAGUUCUGCAUGCCAUGCCAUCCAUUCUGCCAAUCUGUCUGACUGUCUUCCUCUGCACCACAAUCAGCAGUUCUGCAUGCCAUGCCAUCCAUUCUGCCAAUCUGUCUGACUGUCUUCCUCUGCACCACAAUCAGCAGUUCUGCAUGCCAUGCCAUCCAUUCUGCCAAUCUGUCUGACUGUCUUCCUCUGCACCACAAUCAGCAGUUCUGCAUGCCAUGCCAUCCAUUCUGCCAAUCUGUCUGACUGUCUUCCUCUGCACCACAAUCAGCAGUUCUGCAUGCCAUGCCAUCCAUUUUGUCAAUGCAACUGUUGUCACAUGUUAUGAUAUGAGAACAUCAUGUCCUAAAGCUGUUCCUUUUCUAUAUUUUUAUGAGCAACAAAGUAUAUAUUUUUCAAUAAGUUUUCCUUUGAUUGGUAUUAUAUCUUAGUCUAUCUGAAAAUGCCCUUAAAGGUACAAUGUGCAACAUUGAUUAGAUUUGGAAUUUAAAUCAAUAUAUAUAUAUUUUUUAAAGAUAUAUUUUAUUUUAACCAGCCUGUGCCAAUAAUAUGCAUAUCUAAUUGUACAAGUUAAUUCAGUACUAAUUGAUUUAGCUGAGCAGUGUUGAAUAUGUUACUCUGAUAAGAAUAAUUAGCAGCUAAAAUACCAAAGUGGUCAGUUUAUAUUUAAGCAGUUAAUGCCCGAGUGGGUGUGAUAUAUGGCCAAUAUACCACGGCUAAGGGAUGUUCUUAAGCAGUACCUGGAUACAGCCCAUGAUAUAUUGGCCAUAUACCACAAACCCCUGAGGUGCCUUAUUGCUAUUAUAAACUUGUUACCAAUGUAAUUAGAGCAGUGAAAAUAAAUGUUUUUUCAUACACGAGGUAUAUGGUCUGAUAUACCACGUCUGUCAGCCAAUCUGCAUUCAGGGCUUGAACCGCCCAGUUUAUAAUUGUGUCUAUAUGGUGUGUGUACACUAUCACUGUUGUUUACUUUCCUUUACACUCACUCAUGUGUUUUCUGCUGUUUGCUACAAGCGUAAGUUUCAAGUUUUUAAUGGUGCACAAGUACAGUGAAAUGUAUUUUUCUUUGAGCAUGUCUGUCAAUAUAACUCCAAACGUAAACCUCAUUGCAUCACAAUUCAGUAACGGUGCUCUGAUGAUGACUACAUCGGAAAAUAAAUGUUAAGAAACACGG